AUUGUUAUAUUUUUCAUUGAUGAUGCCAAAACUCCUUUCUUUCAUUGAAUUUUAAUUUAAUUCAUUCAUCGUCUGAUUACAAAAUUGCUACACAAUUUUUGUAAAAUUGGCCUCUUUUCAGUGAUUUCCCAAUAGAAAAGAUCAUACAAAAAUGAGUGUCGAAGAGGAAGUAAUGAGAAUUCAGAAAAAACUGAGCAAAAUGACGUCGGAGGAUGGAAGUGGACAAGAACAAGCCCUUGACCUACUAAAAGAACUCCAAAACCUGAAAAUAAACCUGGACGUAUUAACGAAAACGCGCAUCGGAAUGACAGUGAACGCCCUCAGAAAAUCCAGCAGAGACGACGAAGUCAUCACCCUGGCCAAGACCCUAAUCAAAAACUGGAAGAAAUUUUUGACUAGUUCAGAUAGCAAAUCGUCCGGUGGCUCGUCCGACAAUAACAAGGAGAGCAGCAAAAAAGAGGAAAAACGAAAAGAAGAAAAACCCAAAAAAGAAGAAAAAGAAAAAGACAAAAAGCUACAAAGCUCGUUUCCUGCUAGCACUAUUACCACUGACUCUGUGAGAUUAAAAUGUAGAGACAUGCUGGCGGCCGCCAUCAGAACCGAUUCGAAAGAUGAAGAUUUCGAAGGUUUCCCGUCACCGGACGAAUUAGCCGAAGAACUAGAAGAGGCCAUCUUUAUGGAAUUCAAAAACACAGACAUGAAGUACAAAAACAAGGUCCGGUCCAGGAUUUCCAACUUGAAAGAUCCGAAAAACCCCACGCUAAGGGCUAGCUUUAGAGAGGGCGCUAUCAGUGCUCAGAGGUUGGCCAAAAUGACCGCUGAAGAGAUGGCUAAUGACGAAGUCAAACAACUUAUGGAGAGGUUUAAGAAGGAGACUAUUGAUGAUGCGCAAUUGGCCAUUGCUCAAGGUACAAAAACUGAUAUGCUGAAAUGCGGCAAAUGCAAGCAACGUAACUGUACAUACAAUCAACUGCAAACGAGAUCUGCCGACGAACCGAUGACUACUUUUGUGCUCUGUAACGAGUGCGGUAACAGAUGGAAGUUUUGUUAGGCACUUGAUUUGUCAAGUAUUGAUUUUUUUUUUUUUUUCAAAUUGUGACUCUUUUUUUUUUGUCUUAAUUGUAUAAUUUUUAGCUUUUGCACUGGUUCUAAAGCCACUUAGUUGUCUCAACAGCUGCUGAGAAACAAUCUAAACUAGUGUUUUUUUUUUAGUUAAAUACAUAUUUCACUUUUUUUGUAGAUAAUGUAUUACUUAAAGCAAUUAUUAUUAUAACUUUAUACAUAGCAAUUUAAAAUUGUAUUGCAUUAAUUACCUCCUCUUAAUUGUUUUAAAUUUGACUUUUUAAAGGAAAGGUUCUCUUCUCACAUAUUUCUUUUUUGUGAAGUGAAAUAAUAUGUAAGUUGUUUUAGUUUACGAUGUUUGGAUCGUGAAAAAUAUGUAUGAAUAUGUGCGAAAUAAAAAAUGUACCCUACAGAA